CCAGGGACGACUCAUUGUCAAGCGGACCUUCGUGUAGGUCAUCCGGUGAUUUCAGUUUGGGCGUGGUGUGUGCUCGUCUCUGUGCGUGUGUGUGUGUGUGCUUGUGAUUGAACCGGCUAGUACCGGGGGUGUUGUAACCGUUUGACCCUCUGCCUGGUGGUUUGACCUUCUCGGUUUGUGUCUGUGUCUGAAGCGUGUACGAACGAGCUGUGUCCACAAUGAGCCGAAGACUGCUGUUGGCGCUACUGCUGGUGGCCCUGGUUGCGUUGGACCCAACGUCCGCACUGCAGAAGAAGAAAAAGCGUGGCAUCUACCACGGGCUGCACGGGUUCGCCCUGGCCGGGCACGCGGCUAUCCCGCUGCACGGUGCCGCACCAUCGUUCCACAAGGGCUACCAUCCCAGCCCGUACGCCCGGUUCCCGGGACUGCACAAGGGUGCAGCAUCGCUCGGUGGGUCGGUGCUACCUCCCGGCUAUGCGCUCUUCCCGGGCGGUGCCAGCGUCACGUCCUACCAGCGCAACUUCCCGCGCUAUCCGACCCUCUACGGGGCUGCGGGUCUGUAUCCGGCCGGCUUUGGGGUGGCGCCGGUCAAGCCGGCCUUUGCUGCUGCCGGUGGGUUUGUGCCUCCACUCGUUGCCGCCGGCUUCACACCGUACGCUCCCGCCCUGCCAGCCUACCCGGCCGCUCUGCCCGCCGUGCCGGCCGCCUAUCCGCAAGCGUUCGUUCCGGUGGGAGCUCCGGCGGCCACUGGCAGCACCCAGCAGACGUACUUCGCCACCUACCCCCAGAAACCGCUGAUCCCGGUAGCGGUCCCGGUGCAACCGGCCGAACCGGCCAAGGUCCCCGUCGUCGUGCAGAAACCAUUCUACACCGCGUUCUCGACCGUCGGUCCGAACGGUGGCGGUCUGCUGCCGGCCGGAGUCUACAGCCCCGUCUCGAGUGUACCGCAGCCACAGUUCGUCGGCAUCCCGGUGGCCACCGGUAGUGCGACCGGUGUCACACCUUCCAUCGCUACGACACUGACCACGGGCACGACGCAGGUCACGCAGGCGCCGCAGCAACCCUGGCGCCCAGUGGUGGUGAAUCAGCCAACGCCUGCCCCACCGUCCAACGCGUACCUUCCGUCGUACGCCACAUCGCAGGGCCAAAUCUACAUCAGCAGCACACCGGCACCGACGCUGCACGGUGAUCACCAUCAGCAGCAGCAGCAGCAGCAAGCACACCACCAGGCGUUGCUGGAGUACGAGCAGGGAUCGCUUCACCAUCAGGAGGGUAAUGGUCCGUUCAACGGGCAGCCGUACGAUGUUGCCUCCAACAAUGGCCGGUACACCGGACCAUCGAGCUACGAUGUCGACAUCACCCACAACGGUUACCAGAAGAAGAAAAAGUAAGCCCGGGGUCAAAGGCAGUGCCUCAAUGGCAGUCGCUGCGCUCCAUUAGUCAAUAUGCCAGCAGUUUCUUGUAUGUGUAGCUUAGUGUAGCUGUGUGUUUGUGUGUACUUUUGUUUGUUAUUUUGUGUUUUUUUUUUGUUCGUGAGCUAUUUGAACUAAUUUAAAGCGAAUAAAUUAUUUUCUCCUCAUA